GGAGGUACGGGUAGGAUGGCGGCGCCGGAGAGCUCCGGCGGCGGCGAGGGGGAGGGGUCGAUGAGGAGGAGCAAGGUGAACCAGGAGCUGUGGUACGCGUGCGCGGGGCCGCUGGUGGCGCUUCCGCCGGCGGGGAGCCUCGUCGUCUACUUCCCCCAGGGCCACAGCGAGCAGGUGGCAGCAUCUAUGCGAAAGGAUGCAGACGCACAGAUUCCAAGCUAUCCAAAUCUUCCAUCAAAGCUAAUAUGCAUCCUCCACAGUGUCACUAUGCAGGCUGACCCUGACACGGAUGAAGUUUAUGCUCGAAUUACUCUCCAACCAGUUAGCAAUGUGACACAGUGCGACAAGGAGAUAUUGCUGGCAUCAGAGCUUGCGAUGAAACAAAACAGGCCACAGACAGAAUUCUUUUGUAAAACAUUGACCGCGAGUGAUACUAGCACUCAUGGAGGAUUCUCUGUGCCACGGCGUGCUGCAGAGAGGAUUUUCCCUCGUCUUGACUUUUCAUUGCAACCUCCUGCUCAGGAACUUCAGGCCCGGGAUUUGCAUGAUACUAUUUGGACAUUCCGCCAUAUAUUUAGAGGCCAGCCUAAAAGGCAUCUCCUGACUACUGGCUGGAGCCUAUUUAUCAGUGGAAAGAGACUUCUUGCUGGUGAUUCAGUUCUAUUUAUUAGGGAUACAAAACAGCAACUCCUCUUGGGGAUCAGACGAGCAAAUAGGCAGCCUACUAACCUCUCAUCGUCUGUCUUGUCUAGUGAUAGCAUGCAUAUCGGUGUUCUUGCUGCUGCAGCCCAUGCAGCAGCAAAUAACAGCCAGUUCACAAUAUUCUAUAAUCCAAGAGCCAGUCCUUCAGAAUUUGUGAUUCCUUUUGCCAAGUACCAGAAGGCAGUCUAUGGCAACCAAUUAUCUCUUGGCAUGAGGUUUAGAAUGAUGUUUGAAACUGAAGAGUCUGGAACAAGAAGGUACAUGGGUACGAUAACUGGCGUAAGUGAUCUGGAUCCUGUAAGGUGGAAAGGCUCUCAGUGGCGCAAUGUUCAGGUCGCAUGGGAUGAAGCAGCACCAAGUGAAAGGCGUACCAGGGUUUCCUUAUGGGACAUAGAGCCUGUCAUCGCUCCAUUCUUCAUCUAUCCCACGCCAUUAUUCACAGCAAAGCGCCCAAGACAACCUGGGAUGAUAGAUGACGAGACUUCUGAAAUGGAUAAUCUUUUUAAGAGGACCAUGCCAUGGCUUGGUGAGGAUAUUUACAAGAAAGAUAUGAACACUCAGAACAGUAUAAUGCCUGGUCUAAAUUUAGUUCAGUCACUUCAGUGGAUGAACAUGCAACAGAACUUGUCGCUCGCAGGCACAGUAAUGCAACCAGAGUUGCUAAACUCAUUAGCUGGCAAACAUGUGCAAAAUUUGUCUGCAGCUGAUGUAAGGCAAAUCAGCUUCCAGCCCCAAUUCCUGCAACAAAACAAUAUCCAGUUCAACACCUCACUGCUACCUCAGCAAAACCUACACACAGAACAGUUAGCGAAAGCUAUAGCUACACCAAAUCAACUGGGAAGUAUUAUGGUACCACAGAAGGUAGAUCAAGACCGCCAAUCCGACCAGAAGCAGCAUGGGGUUACUCAAUCAGUGCAAGGCAGCCAGGCAAACUUAAACAUCACACAACCUCAACAUGCUGUCCAAGCUCAGUUCCAGCAGCCUCAAGUGACUCUUCAGGCUCAACUCCAGCAACAGCAGCCUCUGGUCCAGAGUCAUGCUGUCUUUCAGGGAGGCCUUCAGCAAAUUCAGAUUCAGCAGCAACAGCAACCACAUCUGCAGCAGCAGUUACAACAGCAACAACCUCAACAUCAUCAGCAGGUUCAACAAUCAGUGCAGGAGCAGCAAAAAAUGAAGACACAACCUGUUCCUGUGUCCAGUGAUGCAAACAUGAAUACACAACUAUUUGAUCAUCAAAUGAAACUUCAACUAUUAAAGGCUCUAGAGCCACAGCAGCAACAUCUGACCUUUGAACAGCAGAAAAUGCUUUUCGAUUUGCAGCAACAAAUGGUAAAUUCUCACUCAAAUCAUCAGCAAUGUAUGCAAGCAGCUACCCAAACUGUUAGUUUACAUAACGGCAGCACUAUGCAAUACCCAACACAACAAAAGGCUCAACCUCACCAACUUGUUCAAGAUUCGCCUGGGAGUACCAUUCCUGUUGCAAAAUCAGAUAUUGUUACCUCCAUGGGUGCUAGCUCUUUGAAUGCGGCUGGUGGAAUGCAGUCACUGAAGACCGAUAAUGUUCCCUCUUCGUCAACAUCGCCAUCCACCAACACUAAUCAUGUUCUUCUGCAGUCCAUCCCAAGUAGCUCCAGGAACCAGAGUUUACUAACUGCAGCAAAAACAUCUCAAUCAUCUGUUGUGUUGGGUUCUACAAUUGAACAGGAGAAGCCUUACCAGAGUGUAAAACCAACAAUAAUGAUUCCUAAGAUAACUGAACAAGGGCCAGCUACUGGACGAGACUACAACAACAACAAUCCCCACAUGGAUUACUUGGACACGUCCUCUUCAGCUACUUCAGUUUGCCUUUCUCAGGCUGAUGGAUCAUUGCAACAAAACUUUCAAUCAUCAUCCUUUGAUCAGCAUCACCUGUUGAGGGACACAGCUCCAGAGAGUGAGUUUGAAGUUACAGAUCCAACAAAUAACCUUUUAUUUCGGGUGAACAUUGACGGUCAACUGGGCUUACCACUUCAUGCAGAUGCCUUGCUUGCAAACAGCAUUGAAAAUGAUAAAUUCAUGGAUCAGAUGGCUGGAACUGGCAUUUCUAACUACAUUUCAUCCAAGGAUUCUCAACAAGAGUUAUCCUCUUCAAUGAUUUCGCAUUCAUUUGGAGUUGCUGACAUGGGAUUCAAUUCUAUAGAUUCUGCAAUCAAUGAUCCCACGUUCUUAAACAGAAAUUCCCGGGCACCGGCUCCUGCACAACAACGCAUGCGAACCUAUACUAAGGUGCACAAACGUGGUGCUGUUGGGAGAUCUAUUGACAUGAACCGAUAUUCUGGAUAUGAUGAACUGAAGCAUGACAUUGCGCGGAUGUUUGGUAUCGAGGGACAGCUUGGUGAUCAAAGUAGAGUCGGCUGGAAACUAGUGUAUGAAGAUCAUGAGAAGGAUGUUCUACUAGUCGGUGAUGACCCAUGGGAGGAUUUUCUGAAUUGCGUACGGUGCAUCAGGAUUCUUUCUCCACAGGAAGAAAUGCAAAUGAGAUUGGUUGGUGACUUUGGAGAUGGCUUUCUACCCAACCAAGCCUGCAGCAGCUCAGACGGGGGUCAACCUUGGUAACUGAGAACUUGUGAAGCAGUUGUGACUGGUGACUGUUUGAAUGGCCAAUGUAGUGACUGACAUUUUUCUCGGUCAGUCUCAUGAAUACAGAUGCCUAUAUGAUAGUUCAAUAUAACUUAAGGCUCUGAAAUUUUGAGAUUGAGUGAACAUGAACAUCAGGAACCCGUGUCUUGUCUCCGCUGUAGUCUUGUAGUUCUGAUCAUGUUUUCUGUUCAAUCUACAUAUAUGCCCAACCCAGAUUUUCUGCUCCCAUGUACAUGUCAUUGUUGUCUGAUGUAACGCUUUGUCACAUACCCUGAUGUCACUGUGCAGCUUGCUGCAGAUUCUAAAUGAAGAAAUCAUACUUUCACUUGUUCA